CAGGCGCAUUCGCCAGGGAUCAACUGCCUGGCUCAUCUGCGACAGUACACCAUGGCUCCACAUGUCUCGCUCUCUUGUUCAUGAUAUUGACAAACUUCCUGACCCCCCGCUCCUGCGCUUGCCGCCCGCCUCUCCCGCAACCUUGACCUCUUUGUCAUCCUGUCUGUCAGUCUUUCGGUCUACCGGUCAAUCUUUCGGUCUGCCGGUCAAUCCCGCCAUUCUGCAUCAGCUUCCCUGCGACCUCGCUGCCACCGAUUGCUUUGCCACCGACUGCGUUGUCACCGACUUCGCCCGCCAUGGACCAGACCACCCUCUCCACCCUUGACCUGCUCGAGUCGCGCCUCAUGCGCGUCGAGCAUCUUCUCUACGGCCAGACCGUGUCGCCCUCCCUCGCCCAGGACUACUCCGCCGUCGAAAAGAUUGGCGACCUCGAGAACCGCUUCUCCACCUUGAUCUCCAAAAUCCGUGUUUACGGCGAGAUCCUCAAGAUCUAUAAAACACACCCCGAUUUCUUUCAUGCCGCCGACCCCGCCGAUCCUCCAUCCGAGCUCUCCACCGAUGCCAUCCAAUCCAUCGUCCUCGCCUCUGCCUCAUCAUUUCCAUCCACACUCUCCUCCUUGACUGCAAUCAAGGACAGCCCGAUCCCCGAUCCAACCGAAAGCACCACCCUCAUCGCAUUAGGGGACCGCAUGAAGGCCGUCCAGGCGACCCAAGUUGCCCAGGUAGCCGAGAUGGCCGACUUACGAAGACGAAGCGAGAGAAUCAUCCGAUCCUGGUACGAGAGUGGAGUUCUUGACAACUCAAGUGUCAUGGCCGAUCUAGAAUCUCGGGUGGCAAUCGCCGAGCGCCAGGUCAGGAGAGCAGAGAGAGAGCUAGAGGAGGAAGAUGAGAUAUGAAACACUCAGCCCUAGCUCCGGUUGAAUUAAGGUCUCCGGGGUAGCAGACAUAACAAGGGGCAACCUCCCCAUCGAGAGGGCGAGGGAAAACAUGCACGCGGGCCGUGGUUCCUGGAAGCUUCGAAUGGUGAUCGUCAUGAAGCCAAGAUGACCCAAUAGGAUGGAGACCGCGGCCGUUAUGAGCCAAUCUCACAAAGCAUGCAGAACCGCAAAUCAACAUGAAAGCGAUUGUCGGAGAGAGACAUGACGCAUCCGGCAGUUUCAUGCGUUGUUGUCCAUGCGACAGAAGCUGAGACACAUUCCAGGAGUAAACCAAUAUGUAGUUCCAGCAACACAUAUAAAUGCUUAUGGUACAAUUAAAUUACCUAAUUAAUUCAAUCCCUCCUCAUUCAA